GAAGAAACAAAGAACAGGUGAGAGCAAAAACGGGGCACGCACCGAGAAGACAGCUGAACUUUUACAAAAAAUAAAAGUGCUUCUCAAACUAAAGAAGACAGAGAGAUAUUUUUAAAGAAAAUCUUCAACAAGAGAGUAAGAAAGGGACUCGGGGGGGGGAGAACCUGAACUCUCAGGAGAGCUGUGUAUCUGUAUCAACAAAGCAAUGAGCUCACUUUCUCUGGAUUGAAUGAACUCGACAUAAAGAGAGGAAACCCUUGUGAGAAGAAAUUGGAUACCAAAAUGUGGACAAAAAGAGGAUGAAGAAAAUGAAAACGGAUUUUAGGACUGCCUGAAUACUGUGCUUAAAUCUUUUUCCAAAGCGUUGCGUUUCUGGAACGAGGUUUCUUCGUUGUUGUUUUUUGUAAUAUAUUUCCGAGUCUUCUGUCGAAACAUGAUGUAGUAGUGUCUCUCCUUAGCUAGCGUUGGUAGCCCCUUAGCAGAGGGCCAGGUUUUGACCACCAGAAGUGGAUAGAGCUCCUGCGGCUCGUAGGGCCGAGAGUGGAGAUGUCGCUAGAAGAUGUAAGAAGCACCGGGGCUGAAAGCGGCGCUUCAGACCACUGCGAUGGCCACUCUCUGAGCCAAGGUCAGGACCAAGAUCCGGGGAACCAGAGCCAAGGCCAGGAUGGGAUAGUUCUGGAGCGUAUUGCCUCUCUGUCGCUGGACACGUUUGACCCCAGUGAUUUCACUGGAAGGUUUACAAAGAUCCAGUCCAGGUCCAGAAAGAGGACACGGAUCAUCGGAGCCUCUCCAGUGGGACUGAAGCCACCCCUCCCGCCAGUCAGUGGAACAUUGGGAGAGAGGAAGGGUCCUGUCGUCAUGGCGCCUGUCAACGUGGACCCUGAGAGCAAGCCGGGCGAGUUCGUCCUAAAAAGCUUGUUUGCCAACUUCACCUUGCUCUCCGAACGCAAAAUUCGCAUCAUCAUGGCCGAACCACUGGAGAAGCCCCUUAACAAAUCUCUGCAGAGAGGAGAGGACCCACAGUUUGACCAGUUGAUCAGCUCUAUGAGUUCUCUAGCAGAGUACUGCCUGCCAUCUAUCCUGAGGACUCUGUUUGACUGGUACAAGAGGCAGAACGGCCUGGAAGACGAGUCCCAUGAAUAUCGACCCAGGGCCAACACCAAGUCAAAAAAUGACGAGCAACAGAAGGACUACUUAUUGGAGCGGAGAGAUCUAGCAAUAGACUUCAUCUUUUCUCUAGUGCUUAUAGAAGUUUUGAAGCAGAUCCCCCUCCAUCCUCUGUUGGAUGGACUCAUCCAAGAAGUUAUAAACCUGACCUUCAAGCACUUCAAAUACAAGGAAGGGUAUCUGGGACCCAACACAGGCAACAUGCACAUAGUGGCCGACCUCUACGCUGAAGUAGUGGGAGUUGUAGCUCAGUCCAGGUUCCCAGCAGUGAGGAAGAAGUUCAUCUCUGAACUGAAGGAGCUGAGACAGAAGGAGCAGAGCCCUUAUGUAAUCCAGUCCACCAUCAGCCUCAUUAUGGGACUCAAGUUCUUCCGCAUCAAAAUGUACCCGGUGGAAGACUUUGAAGCCUCCUUCCAGUUCAUGCAGGAGUGUGCACAGUAUUUCUUGGAAGUGAAGGAUAAAGACAUUAAACACUCAUUAGCCGGACUCUUUGUGGAGAUACUUGUACCUGUAGCUGCUACUGUGAAGAAUGAGGUGAACGUGCCAUGUCUACGAAACUUCGUAGAGAGUUUGUACGAUACCACACUGGAUCUGUCCUCUAGGAAGAAACACUCUCUGGCUUUAUAUCCUCUGGUGACGUGCCUGCUGUGUGUCAGUCAGAAGCAGUUCUUCCUCAGCCGCUGGCACAUUUUCCUCAACAACUGCCUCUCAAACCUCAAGAAUAAAGACCCCAAGAUGGCACGUGUGGCUCUGGAAUCCCUCUACCGCCUGCUGUGGGUCUACAUGAUCCGAAUUAAGUGCGAGAGCAACACUGGGACACAGAGUCGUCUGACGUCCAUCACCUCCACUCUGUUCCCCAAAGGGAGUCGUAGCGUUGUGCCCAGAGACAUGCCCCUUAAUAUUUUUGUCAAGAUCAUCCAGUUUAUUGCACAGGAGAGACUGGAUUUCGCCAUGAAGGAGAUCAUAUUUGAUCUGCUGAGUGUUGGGAAACCUGCCAAAGCCUUCAGUCUCAACCCAGAGCGUAUGAACAUUGGUCUGCGGGCGUUCCUGGUGAUAGCAGAUGCUCUGCAACAGAAGGACGGAGAGCCUCCAAUGCCCAACACAGGAGCCACUCUACCCUCUGGAAACUCUCUGAAAAAGAAGAAAACGUACCUCGGCAAGACGCUUACAGAAGAGGAAGCAAAAACCUAAGGCAUGUCCUUGUACUACUCCCAGGUGCGAAAAGCUCUGGACAACAUCCUGAGACACUUGGACAAGGAGGUGGGUCGCUGUAUGAUGCUCACCAGCGUCCAGAUGCUCAACAAAGAACCAGAGGACAUGAUCACUGGUGAAAGGAAGCCUAAAAUCGACCUGUUCAGGACUUGUGUGGCUGCCAUUCCUCGUAUCCUUCCUGAUGCCAUGUCCAAACCUGAGCUCAUUGACCUGCUCUCACGACUUACGGUGCACAUGGACGAUGAGCUUCGUCUUAUUUCCCAGAACUCCCUGCAGAGCCUGUUACUCGAUUUCUCCGACUGGAGGGAAGACGUCCUGUUUGGUUACACACAUUUCCUUUUGCGUGAGGUCCAAGACACCCAUCAGGGUCUGCAGGAUGCAUCUGUGAAGCUCCUUCUCCAGCUGCUCACACAGUGGAGGUUAGCUCUGCAGCUCCAGGGGAAGAUGCGAGGUGGAGUUGAGUCCAGCCCCAGACUGCCAGAGCGAAGCCCUCAUGGCUCAGUGCUCCAUGCAGUUGAGGGCCUUGCUCUGCUGCUCCUCUGCUCGUGUCAGAUGAGCACGAGGAAACUGGCAGUCAGCGUGUUAAGAGAAAUCCGCUGCCUCUUCACAGCUCUGGGACACGCUGAGGAUGAUGAUAAACCCAUGAUAGAGGUCAUGGACCAGCUGAGCCCAGCAGUAAUGGACAGCUUUGUUCAUGUGGCUGUCUCUGACUCAUCCACCUUGCCUCUCAGCCACCAUGUUGACCUCCAGUGGCUGGUGGAGUGGACGGCUCGACUGGUGAGCAGUUCCUACGACGUGAAGAGCCCCAGCCACGUCUGGAUCUUUGCCCAGUGUAUGAAGGACCCGUGGGUGCUCUGUCUGCACAUCUUCUUGCGGCAGGAGCACCUUCCCAAACACUGCCCCAUUGCCCUGGGAUAUGCCUGGCCCUACGUUUUCACACGGCUACAGCUGCUACUGCCACUGGUUGAUCCAAACAGUCCUGUGAAUGCUAAGAAGACGAGCACGGCGGGCUCCAGUGACAACUACAUCUCUCUGUGGCGUAACUACCUGAUCCUGUGUCUAGGCGUGGCUAAGCCGAGCAUCAUGUCCCCUGGUCACCUCAGAGCUUCCACACCAGAAAUCACUGCCACCACACCUGAUGGCAGCGUCACCUACGACAACAAGGUGAUAGGCACUCCCUCAGUAGCCUGGCUUUUAAAGCAGCUCGUCCCGCUGAUGAGAGCUGAGAGUUUGGAGAUCACAGAGUCUCUGGUGCUGGGGUUUGGAUGCACAAAUGCUCUGGUCUUCAGGGAGCUAGUCGAAGAACUCCAUCCACUGAUGAAGGAAGCACUGGAGCGUAGGCCUGAGAACAAGAAGCGCAGAGAGAGGAGGGAUCUUCUCAGGCUGCAGCUGCUGAGGAUCUUUGAACUGUUGGCUAAUGCGGGAGUUAUCAGUGACAGCACCAAUGGAGCACUGGAGCGUGAUUCCCUGGCACUGGGUGCCUUGUUCCUUGAGUAUGUGGAUCUAACCCGGAUGCUUCUGGAGGCUGAGAAUGAGAAGGAGCUGGACGUGCUUAAAGACAUCAGAGCCCAUUUCAGCGGCAUGGUGGCUAAUCUCAUCCAGUGUGUUCCUGUCCACCACAGGCGCUUUCUCUUUCCUCAGCAGUCUCUGAGGCACCAUCUCUUCAUCCUCUUCAGUCAAUGGGCUGGACCCUUCAGUGUCAUGUUCACUCCCCUCGAUCGAUACAGUGACCGCAACCACCAGAUCACUCGCUACCAGUACUGUGCUCUAAAGGCCAUGUCGGCAGUUCUGUGUUGUGGUCCAGUAUUUGACAAUGUGGGUCUGUCUACUGACGGCUAUCUCUACAAAUGGCUUGACAACAUCUUGGCCUGUCACGACAUACGGGUGCACCGUCUGGGAUGUGAGGUGGUCAUCCUGCUCUUAGAACUUAACCCAGACCAAAUCAAUCUGUUCAACUGGGCCGUGGACCGCUGCUUCACAGGAUCUUACCAGCUGGCAUCUGGCUGCUUUAAGGCUAUCGCCACUGUCUGCGGUAACAGGAAUUACCCAUGCGACCUUGUGACCUUGCUCAAUCUGGUGUUGUUCAAGGCCUCAGACACCAGCAGGGAAAUAUAUGAGAUCUCCAUGCAGCUGAUGCAGGUGCUGGAGUCUAAGCUGUGUGCGUACUCUAAGCGGAUGGUGGAGCAGAAACCUGGUAAUAUUUUGUAUGGAACGCACGGGCCCCUGCCUCCCCUGUACAGCGUCAACCUGUCUACACUCUCUAUCCAGCUGGCGAGCAUGUACCCAGAGCUCACUCUGCCACUUUUCUCAGAGGUGAGCCAGCGUUUCCCAACCACCCACACCAACGGCAGACAGAUCAUGCUAUCCUACCUGCUACCUUGGCUUAGUAACAUUGAGCUAGUGGACACGGGGCUCUUACCCCCUGCCUCAAGCCCCUGCACACCAGAGGAAGAACCUCACGGUCAGGGGCAGGGCAUGGGUUUCUCCCCCAGUCUUAGAGGUAAUGGCUGGGGCUCCCUGCAGGCGACCUCGCUGGUGCUUAACAACCUCAUGUUCAUGACUGCUAAGUAUGGAGACGAGGUUCCUGGCCCGGAGAUUGAGAAUGCCUGGAAUGCUCUGGUGUCCAACGAGAGGUGGAGCAACAACUUACGGAUCACCCUGCAGUUCCUUAUCAGCCUGUGUGGAGUCAGCAGUGAUACCACACUGUUGCCUUAUAUCAAGAAGGUGGUGAUAUACCUGUGUCGCAACAACACCAUCCAGACUAUGGAAGAGCUCCUGUUUGAGCUCCAGCAGACUGACCCAGUCAACCCUGUGGUCUUGCACUGCGACAACCCUCCCUUCUAUCGCUUUGCUGCCAGCAACAAAGCCUCCACCUCGCAGACAGGCACCACCUCCAGCAGUAACACUGUGGUGGCUGGUCAGGACAACCUGCCAGACACAGAUGAGAACAAGCUGGUCAGAGAAAGUGAAGAGCGUAGGGCCAGGGCUCACAACAGGCUGGAGUCUCGCUACAGCAACAGCUCCGGAGGUUCCUACGAGGAUGAAAAGUCUGAACCACUCCCCCCAUAUGCUGGUUGGCUACUGGGCGUUCUGGAGACCAACCAUCCUCAGCCGUUGCCCAUGCCUGUUAACGGAGGUUGCUGGGCUCCUCUGGUUGACUACCUUCCUGAAACCAUCACACCUAGAGGACCGCUGCAUAGGUGUAACAUCGCAGUGAUAUUUAUGACUGAAAUGGUGGUGGACCACAGCGUGAGAGAAGACUGGGCUCUACACCUGCCCCUGCUACUACAUGCCCUCUUCUUGGGUCUAGACCACUACAGACCAGAGGUCUAUGAACACAGCAAACGUCUUCUUCUCCACCUCCUUAUUGCCCUUUCCUGCAACAACAACUUCCAGGUAAUAGCCUCAGUUCUGAUGCUGACGAGAGAGAUCAGUGACAACAAGACCCUCACCAUUAAGUCCAGCUACCACACAGAGUACCAGCAGUCACAUGCCCCUGACUUCCUGCGAGAGUGGCAGGCGUCCCCGGUGGUGGACUCUGGCCUCAGCUCCACCUCCAACUCUUCCUCUGCCAGUCUGGGUGGCGGCAGCACUGCAGGCAGUGUUGGAAAUUUGCCCCUUGUGACACCUGACGACCUGGAGGACCUUGAAGAUACGCACAAUGAAACUGACGAGAAGAUGAAUAAACUCAUCGAGUUCCUCUCCACCAGAGCGUUUGGGCCGCUGUGGUUGCAUGAGGACAUCACACCAAAGAACCCCAACUCCAAGAGUACGGAGCAGCUCUCUAACUUCUUACGCCAUGUCGUCUCUGUCUUCAAGGAGUCCAAGUCAGACUUCCACCUGGAGCAACAGCUGAGCGACGUGGCUCUACAGACGGCUCUAUGCAGCUCAUCACGCCACUAUGCUGGGCGGUCUUUCCAGGUCUUCAGAGCCCUCAAACAGCCAAUCAACAACCACGCUGUGUCUGACCUGGUCUCACGCCUUGUCGAGGUGGUGGGAGAACACGGGGAUGAGGUGCAGGGCUAUGUGAUGGAGGUGCUAUUGACGCUGGAGUCAGUGGUGGUGAAUCUAGCAGAAUGUCUGAAAAACAGUGACCUUAUGGCAGCUCUAACCAGGACGUCCUCACCCGACUUUGUGACUAGCGACAAACUGAUGAACAGAAAGAGCACAGGUCAGUUGAACUUCCCUGGCCCGGGAUUUGUCGGUCUGUCGUCACAACGCCACCAGCGCUCCUAUUCGGUCCCCAAGAAGUUUGGAGAGUGUGGUCACCAGUCGAGUGAUCCUCCUCGCAGUGCAACUCUGGACCGCAUACAGGCCUGCAACAGUCACGGCCUUGCCCGAACAGGAAGAACCCCUGGGUCAUGCACGUCAUCAACCAAUCGUAUUGAUCCCAGCGUUCUAUCGGAUCCUGCCCACGUUUCCCAUCCCUCAUCGAUACUGGCCACAGUCUUCUGGGUGGCAGUGUCACUCAUGGAGUCAGACUUUGAGUUUGAAUAUCAAAUGUCACUUCGCCUUGUUCACAAGUUGCUGUCAAAGGUGCCCUUAGACAGAGCGGAGAACCGCGAACGCCUAGAGAAGCUGCAGGCUCAGCUGAGGUGGAGCGGGUUCUCUGGGAUUCAGCAGCUUUUGUUGAAGGGUUUUACCUCCCAGGCCACUUUUGACCUCACAUUACAGCUCUUCUGCCAGCUCACGCCAGUCUCCCGCGUGCCUGUUGUUGACAGUUCACAGUCUAUAGGUUUCCCUCUGAAUGUGCUGUGUCUGCUGCCUCACCUGGUGCAGCACUUUGGCCACCCAACUCAGUUUUGUAAGGAGAGCGCUGAGAGGAUCGCACAGGUGUGUUUGGUGGAGAAGCACACAAAGCUGUCCCAUUUGGCCCACGUUAUGACUCUCUAUAAGACACGUUCUUACACACGGGACCCUUUCUCCUGGGUCAGUGUGGUUUGCCGCUACCUGCAUGAGGCUUUCUCCGACAUCACACUCAACAUGGUCACCUAUAUGGCCGAGCUGCUGGAUAAGGGCCUUCCCAGCAUGCAGCAGUCUCUCCUCCAGAUCAUCUACUGUCUGCUCAGCCACAUGGACCUGACUGCUGUACAAGUCAAACAGUUCAAUGCCGAUGUCACAAAGACCAUUGAGAAGUUUGUCCAGACAGUACACUGGAAGGAUGCUUUAAACAUCUUGAAACUGGUAGUGUCACGCUCUGCCAGCCUAGUUCAUCCGGUGUACGGCCACUCACAGGGUGACCUGUCCAACCUAGAGGUCAGCAGGGUGUGGGACGGUUCAGCCAAGGCACUGCCUGGAAAAACACUGGACUUCACCUUUGACAUCUCUGAGACUCCAGUGAUUGGUCGUCGGUUCGAUGAGCUCCAGGGUUCAGGGGGUAGAGAGGGCAAAGCCAGAGCCAUGGCUGUAACCCGCAGUACUUCCUCCACCUCCUCUGGAUCCAACUCCAACACCAUCCUGGUGCCUGUCAGCUGGAGGCGACCACAGUCCUCUCAGAAAAGAACCAGAGAGAAGCUGGUGAACGUUUUAUCUCUUUGUGGACAGGAAGUUGGACUCACCAAGAACCCAUCUGUGAUCUUCUCAUCGUGUGGCGACUUGGACAUGAUGGAGGUGCGGGAGAGUGGCGUGUCAUCAGAAGAGGGCGGAACCAGAGAGGACACGCUUGACGACACCGCCAGCGAGCAGCAGUUCAGGGUUUUCCGAGACUUUGACUUCCUGGACGUGGAGCUGGAGGACGGAGAGGAGCUCCAGGGCGAGACAGUCGAUAACUUUAAUUGGGGCGUGCGUCGGCGAUCUCUGGACAGCACAGAGCUGGGCGACCUGUUGGAGGAGAGCCAGCACUCAGGCAGCACCCCUAGUCUGGGUCACGAGGACCCCCAUGAUUCAGACGAGUCCUCGGAGGAAGAAGAGUCUUCAACUAGCCAGAGCCUCUCUCACUCUCAGCUUACUAACCCGUCUCCAUCAGAGGAAACCAAUCACACCGAUUCUUUAUCUACUUCUUACGACACAUCUGCUGAGCCACAAUCCUUCAAUGCCACCACACCGGGUCAGGGAGCGCUCCAUGAUGAUCACAGUGCCCUACACGGGAGGGUGUGCGGUGACGAUGAGGACACUCAUGCCCAGGAUGACGACCUGUCACUGAGUGCCAACGAGCUCCCUCACGGCUCGGACUGUGGCGAAAGCUUCACCCUGGAGUUGCCAGGGCAACCUCAGGAUCAGCUGCGCAGUCUGGACCACAGCCUCAACCCAGACUACUGCCAACCACCGCUGGACUUUCUAGACCCCAACUGUCUGCCCAGCUUACGUGAUGAUGUAGAUGACUUGGAAGACCUUGGUUUUCCUCCUCCCCCUUCUCCAUUUUUCUCCGCCAUCUUGGCAGCCUUCCAACCCACAGUGUGCGACGAUGCUGAGGAGGCAUGGCGUUGUCAUAUCAACCAGCUUGUGACCGACUUGGAUGGGUCCUGUGCCGUCCACACUUUUCAAGUCUUCUCAUCUCUCUUUAAGAACAUCCAGGGUAAAUUCUGCCUCCUGACAACUGAUGUUGCCACUUACCUUGGAGAAGGAUUAAGGGGCAUCGGAUCGAAGUUCCUCAGGUCCUCACAGAUGCUAACCACAUGCUCGGAUUGUCCCACAAUCUAUAUUGAUGCUGACACGAUCAUGUCAUAUGGUCUCCUUGAAAAGAUGAAGUUCAGUGCACUGGAGCUGCAGGAGUAUCUAGAUACCUACACCACCAGAGAGGACGCCGCUGUAUCGUGGCUAAGGAACUGUAAGGACACAUUUCCCAGGUGCCCUGGUGACAGUGUGGUUACCUGCCAGCCUGGAGACUCAGAGGAGAAGCAACUGGAACUUUGCCAGAGGCUCUACAAGCUGCAUUUCCAGCUUCUCCUACUCUUCCAGUCUUACUGCUCGCUCAUUGGUCAAGUUCAUGCCAUCAGCUCUGUGCCUGAGCUGCUGAACAUGUCUCGAGAGCUUACUGACCUGAAGACCAGCCUACAGGCAGCAGAGGCGGCUGUGGCCAGCGACCUGGAACACAAACACUUGGCACACACUCACGCACACGCCACCCAGGUGGCAGCCAUGGUUGUGCCCAGCUUCCCCACCUCGGAGGCAGCUGUGCAGGCCAUACUGGAGUGCCUUAAGAACCACGAGUUCACCAAAGCUGUGCGCUACAUCCAGGAGUGCAGGAGGCAGUGGCCCAGCGGAGUGUUUGGUGGCAGCUCAGAGAGCGAGGUCCAGACACUGCUCAAUGUCUACUUUCGCCACCAGACGCUGGGACAGACGGGAACCAUUGCCCUGGUUGGCUCCCGCCAGGACCUGAGCCUGAUCUGCUCCAAGCUGCUGGAGCUCAACGGGGAGAUCCGCGACAUGAUCCGCCGCGCCCAGGGUUACCGGGUCGUCACAACCUACCUCCCCGACUCCAGCGCCUCCGGGACAAGUCUCUGACAGGAGCUCAGGAGCCCCCCGCCCCCUCCUUCCCCACC